AGCGCCCCCGAGACGCACCGUCCUCCCCGGCUCCCCCCGCCCGGCCCCUCCAAUCCGGGCCUGCAAACUACAUCUCCCAGCAUCCCGCUGGCCCCACAGUGCCCCCCCACACACACACCUGAAGAGCCAAUGAGGAACCAAGCAGCGCAGCCCCAAAUACCAGGCGGCGCUUCCCGCCCCAGUCACACCGGGGCGCGUUGGGGACGGUGCCGAGCCAAGACACUACUGUUCAGGGAUUGAAGGGAUCUGGAGAAGAAAUCAUAGCUGCAUACACCACUGUUCCUUUCCUUUUUUUGAGAGCCAGACAAGAACUCUACCAAAAGAAACUAAGCGUUUUCGGCUUUGUUAAAAUCAGCCGUCUUGUUGUUGUUUAGGAGCAAGCACUUGAGAAAGAAUAGCAUCAUGUACACAUUCCUCCCGGAAAACUUCAACCCGGUGAAGCAGAAGCCAUCCAAGGAGCUGAAGCCAAUGAUUGGUGCAGUAGUCGUCGGGCUCAUCUUGUUAAUUGCGGCGGUGGUGGCUUGGUGCUACUACAUGGCAUCUCUCAGGAAGGCGGAGCGGCUAAAGACGGAAUUGAUGGACCUGAGGAAGGAUGGGUUCAUCAUCAAAAACCACAAUGGGGAGGUGGUCUUCAGACUGGCCUUCCAGUCGGGCACCCUCGACCUGGAGUCUUGCUCGAAAGAAAGGGAGAUUUUAAGCUGCACCAGAUCAGACAGAGGGAAGCUGAAUUUCUUCAUUCAGACAGUCAAGCCCAAGGACACGGUUAUGUGCUACCGCGUUCGCUGGGAGGAGUUUGUGGUAGACGCGGUGGUCGAGCACACCAUGUUUUGGGAGGACGCUCAUUGGUAUGGGGGCUGUGAAAUGAGCGUCCAGCACUGGCCAAUCAGACUGCCAGGGUACCAGGAGCCCAUGCCCUUUGUGACGAGCGAUGUGUAUUCCUUUAGGGGCAGCUUUGGAGGCAUCUUGGAAAGGUACUGGCUGUCCUCGAAAGCGGCAGCUAUAAAGAUCAACGACUCAGUGCCCUUCCACCUGGGGUUUAAUGCCAGUGAACGGUCGCUCUUCUUUCAGGCCAGGUAUAAGGAUUCUCCCUACAAACCUCCACUUGGGCAGCAGCCUUUCCCGGAGCUAAGCUACCGUGUCUGCGUCGGCUCGGAUGUGACCUCCAUUCACAAAUACAUGGUGCGCAGGUACUUUAACAAGCCUUCUAAGAUCCCAUCAGAAAACGCCUUCCGGUACCCCAUCUGGUCUACAUGGGCUCUGUACAAAAAUCAUAUUGACCAGGAUAAGCUGUUGCGUUUUGCAGAAAAGAUUAAAAAGUACCGGUUUAAUUGCAGCCAUAUUGAAAUUGACGACAUCUACACGCAGACUUAUGGCGACUUCGACUUUGAUCCGGUAAAGUUCCCUAAUGUGACAGAAAUGUUCAAAACACUGAAAGAAGAAGGAUUUAAAAUUACCCUGUGGACGCAUCCCUUUAUAAACUACAAUUCCUCCAAUUUUGGAGUGGGGAUAGAGCGGCAGCUCUUUAUCAAGGAGCCGACAGGGAAACUCCCUGCGAUGGUGAAGUGGUGGAACGGCAUUGGGGCCAUAUUGGAUUUUACCAAUCCCACAGCCAGGGAGUGGUUUCAGAGCCACCUGAAACAACUGCGGUCAAAGUACGGCAUAGCAUCCUUUAAAUUUGACGCUGGUGAGGUAAGCUACCUUCCAAAGCAGUUCAGCACCUUCAGGCCCUUGUCGGAUCCCAGCAUCUGGUCCAGACGGUACACGGAAAUGGCCAUUCCGUUCUACGAGCUCGCCGAAGUCAGGGUCGGCUACCAGUCCCAAAACAUCUCGUGCUUCUUCCGCAUCAUUGACCGCGACUCGGUUUGGGGAUAUGAGCUUGGCCUCAAGUCCUUGAUCCCUACCGUGCUCACCAUUAGCAUGCUGGGGUACCCUUUUGUUUCAGCUGACAUGAUUGGUGGGAAUUUUUUCCCCAACAAGACAGAAGGUGCUGUUGAAAUCCCAGACCAGGAACUGUACAUCCGCUGGCUAGAGCUGUCGGCCUUCAUGCCCUCCAUGCAGUUCUCCAUACCCCCCUGGCUCUAUGACAAGGCAGUGAUUGAGAUUGCACAGAAGUUCACAGAGCUGCAUGAGUCCCUGGUUGCCCCUCUCCUGUUGGAGCUGGCUGGGGAGGUCACCGACACGGGAGACCCCAUCAUACGGCCCAUCUGGUGGAUUUCUCCCAGUGAUGAAUUCGCUCACAAGAUCGACUCCCAGUUCCUCAUUGGGGACACCCUCAUGGUGGCCCCUGUCUUGGAGCUGGGCAAGCAAGAGCGAGAUGUGUACCUCCCGGCCGGCAAAUGGCGCAGUUACAAAGGGGAGCUGUUUGAGAAGACCCCAGUCCUGUUAACAGACUAUCCCGUUGACUUGGACGAAGUUGCUUAUUUCCUCUGGGUAUCUUAACAGACUCCUCCAUCCACUCUAAUCUUUGUGGUAACCAUGCCUUACUUUAGGAUCUUAAAACAAAUAAUUCUAAAUGCACAGUGUGUUUCUUUGGGGAGGGGUGCUGUAGGGGAAUGGGAAAUUAAUAGGAUUUGGUUUGUUUUUUAAAUAUCCUCUAUUUUGUCAAUGAGAGACACUCCAGUUUGGGCUGUGGUGUAUAUAUAUAAAUGCAAAAGGAAUAAUAGCAUCACAAGAUGCAUGCAGGAAGCCUUUUCAAAUCUCUGAGUUCAAGACGUAAACGCACCCCUGGGUUUUUAGCUGUGCGGCAUGUAUUUGGUUUUUUUUAUUAUUAUUAUUUUAUUUCUCCUUUAGAAACAUGGCCCCUGGGGGGCCUACAAUGUUUGCCAUAGGCCCCCCUCUUCUAGGUGCAGCCUAUGAAUCCAAAUCGCAUAGUGCAAUGCUCCAUCUUGAUCUCAAUGAAAGGCUGCGUGCUUCAACAGGAAGCAGUGCAUGCUGGGGCCCGUAGUUCCUGGGCCACGCCUCUCCCCAACGCAAGUGCAGCUGCAAUCGGCUCAGUUUUAAUGCGAAUGAAAUGCAGUCUUGGAGUUGUUGCAAGUUGCCAAGAUGGCCUGCAACUGAACAAAGGGAGGACAGCUCUGACCCCAGGGGUGAAAGCAAUGUUGAAAGGGAACAGGGAAUGAUCCGAACAUGGGAAGCAGUGGGUUACUACAGCACAACUAGCCUUACAUUUUAUAAUGUGGCAAAUAUUAUUUAAAAAUGACUUUUUUAAGAGGAUAAAUCUAACUAUAUAUUUUAUUCCUUAGUCCAGCAUUGGUCUGGACUCAAAUGCCCAACCCUCCUACUCUCUCGAGUACCCGGCGGGCCAGGCUACUCGAUUUACCUGCAAGUAUUUUAACUGUAUGUUACUUAACCGGGCAGGUUGCAUUAUUGCAUCCUAGCCCGUUGCUAAUAUCUACUGGAAGGAUCUCCUCCUAGAGCACCGACUCUGCUGUUAACACCAUUCCCCGUAGAGCAACAACAUUCACACUGUGUAUUUUCUUUCAAGGGAGUAAAAUGGAUUUCUUUGUUACACACCUAUCCUGCCAAUACUUCUCUUUCCCCUUUUAAAGAUGUGCUUGCAGCUUGGUUAUUUGUCAGAGGAAUGGUCAGAAGCAAAAUAACUUCUCGAAAGGUGCAUAUGACACUCCCCUGAGACUGCAGGUGCCUGCCCGCUGCACACAAAUGGAUCCGCCACUUUUGCUGCCGACCUACGUAUCCAUAUGAAAAGCAAUGACGUUUGCACUGAACAGAGCUGUGCUGAUCAGGCUUCUCCAUUGUUUCCAAGGAAAGCUUGUGGUAUUCCUAGUCCGAUUAAGCUCAUAUUGCAUGGACUGUCUCUUCUAACGGUCUCCAUUUUGUCUAAAGUUUCUUGGGUCAGUUUUUCUGUUUGUUGCUAUUUUUAAAAAGCCCAACGCUCACUGGCUCCCAUGUAGGCACCUAAAUGAAGUGGCUCAGUGGAAGCCAUUGAGUGCUGAGCACUUUGGAAAACUUGGCCCCAUGUCAUGUACUGUCACUCUAGAAGCAGGAAAUCUGAAGUUUUGGUCCGAAGAUAAAAUGCAAUUCUAACUGACCUGUGAGGGAGUGUUACCCUUUGUCCUCUGUACCUGAGCCACAGAGGAUGUGAGUAUACCACUGCCCCUCCUACGAAUCCUAGCUCUGUAUCUCAAGCUGUAGAGACUUGUGGUGUUAGCUCUGGAAGUCCCCAGUUCAGUGCCUGGGGUUGCCUGAGAUAGCAGCUACUGUUGUCCUAGGGGCUUGAUCUUGCACCAUUGAAGUCAAUGAGAGUUAUGGCUCUUGAGUUCAUCCUUAGCAGGAUUUGGCCCUGAGACUGCAAGGCAAGGUUAGAGCUGAGUUGCUGCUGGUGAAUUCUAGCAGCCACCCUGUCCUAGUCUCCUAUCAAGGAAGAUGCAGGUGCAAGCGAAUGCUGUGUGCUCUGUCUCUAAUUCAAGUGGUUUAAGCUUAAAUGUGCAAUGUAGGUGCUCGGCCUGAGCUCAUCCCAAAGGCUACAUUAGCAACUUGCUCUUGCAAAGUUUGGAUGCCCCAAGUUAGACCCACUCCUUGAUGGUGCGACUUGAAACUGAUUUAAGCAGUGAAGAUAUGUCAAGGCUAUGUCUUGGAGGACUCCUAACUGUGCCUCAUUUUCAACUCUUGUGGGGGUUUUUCCUUUGAUUAGACAUAUGCAUAGUUAUGGGGAAGGAUUCUUGGGAGGGCAGCUUUGCUGCAGCAUCUGGAUAAUAUCAGAGAUCCUGAGUACAGGGCAUAAGGUCUCUGUGUACAAAUUGACCAGAGCAGUCUUGCACCGUUAAUCCCUUGGCAUCUCCUGCUAGCAUGGGGUUUGGCUAUAUUGACUGGUGAAAUGACCCAACCCUCCCUUUAUCCGAGAGGACUGACAGACAUGACAGUGUCCCUACAAAACAGCUGUCUCUAGUGCAGAAAAGCUGGGGUAUGGGUGGGGGAGGGAACCCUAAAGAGGGAGAACAUGCCUGGCUGUGCUUUCAGUGUGAGCCUGAAGACUUGAGCUGCACAAAUCCCUGUUCCAGAGAUUCCAGCUGGCUGGGGAACUCUUCAGUGAAAAGUUUUCAUGGGUGGUGGCAGGAAACCUUUGAACCUCUCCAUAAGAUUAUUGCACUUUUCGUUUCCUGCCACCAUUGAAGCAACGGGGCUGCAGAAAUGAGACAGAACGUAGAACCAUGGCCUCUGUGUCACCAGAUACCUCAAUUAACCACUGGCUGCUCCUAAAGGUAGAACACCCAGAAAUAACUAGCAGCUGGAAUUCCAGGGUACUUUUAUAACUUCCUCUUUGUUGUGUAGAGGUUGACUAGGGAGUGAGAAUGUGAGCAAUAGUAUGUGAAGUCUGUUUAAUGGAGCUGGAUCCUAGUGGUUGUGCAAAAAUGGUAUUAGAUGCUUAAUUGGGCCACAAGUUGUGAAGGCCACAAAGGAACUCAGCCAGAAAACUCAUCACAGCUUAGAUACAUCCAAGUUCCCUAAAGACACAUCCUCCCCUUCAAACAAAAGAAUUUUAUUUUUGAAAGUUGAACUAUUUAAUUGAACUGAUUAGGAAGAAAUGUUAGUAACACGAGAGCAUCCUUAUUUCUCCACCAAAUGCCACAGCGGCUGGGAGACCAAGUGAAAUAGCUGCCAGGAAGCUACAGAAGAAAUGGUUGAACAUGUUUUGCAGGCAGCUGGACAGCAGCACAAAUACAUCCCCAGGAUCAGUGGCAACCUCCGUCCUGUGCAAAACUGGCGUUCAGAGGAGCUUCAGCAUUGCUAUGUAGAAUUCGUUUCGCAGCCAGCCUUCUCCUACCUCCCGAAAACAAAAUGGGAAGUGGCUCAGCUCCUUAAUGAUACCGAGCAACCUGAUGGGGGGGCCAAAAAGGUGUCUGUCUUUUAGUUCCACUUCCCUGCUCUGAACUAGGAGGGACUGGGAAUGGAUUGAUUUGGAUCCUUUCCAAAUGCAAGGGUUCCACACUAGAAUGUCCCCUGGCUUGAAUUCUACUUACUGUACCACUAAAAGGGAUGAAGUGAAAUAGAUUGUUUUAGGCUUGUAAGGAGUGUAACUGCACAAAACCCAGGGUCAAGGAAAUACCUGUUGAGAUGGAGUUGGGUGGACUGGUUCAGAUUUGCCACCAAAAUAUCUGUCUAGCCCUACCUCUGGGAAUGGCUGAGCUGCAGUUGGGCCUGAUGCAGGGGUGGCUCAGAUUAUGUUUGUAUUAUUAUUUUAUUUUAAUCCUGCACUACUGUAUUCGUUUUGCACAAUGCUAUAAAUCUGCAUAUGCCUUUGCAAGUCAGAUUCUAAUGUUCGUUUUAACCAGUUUUCUAACUCUCUUAAUUACUGAAGAAACAACGCAACUCUCCUGUUAACUGAAAUAGCUUUGGGAGGAUAAAGGGAAUUUUUAACCACCUAGGUCUGUCUGCAACAACUUCGUGGGAACAAUUGCAUCAGCAGUGAUGAAUGUAGGUUGUAGGUUACUUUCACACCUGACGUUCUGUAAAAUUAAAUUUGAGUCACAAGGCCUUUUUAAUUGCUCUUUUUAAAAUGUAAAAGCCUCAGAGAAUCAGGCUUGUUUUCCUUCCCACCCUACCCUACACCCCCAUCUAAUUUCUCAGGGGUCAGGGCUUGAUGUAUAAAUGGUCCGUCGUAAAAUAUAGAUCUGUUUGGUUUGUUGGAGGGUUUUUUCCCUUUGUGAGCUCUGCAGACAAGGAAAGAUGUAUGUUUAGGACUGGCCUAUAGAAGAUCCUUCUCCCACAGGAAAGGGGAAGUUCCCUGUGCCAUUUUCUUUUGGAAGAUCAACAGAGCGAAGGGAAAGAAGAGAGGCAGUUUUGCUCCCAAUUCCAUUGUGUGACUAGGGAAUAGCCCAGCUGAUGCUGGAGUUAUUCAACACUGGUGAAAGUGAGAACAGAAUGUAGCCCAGAGAAUGCACCAUGUCCAGGAUUUAGCAAGGUAUCAAAGCAUGCACUUGUCUUUAAUGGGACUAUUUAUUGGCUUAAAGCUAGGCCCAGGCUGAAGUACCUUGCUCAGUUGAGGACCAUAUUUUUGGUAAAAAAAGAAAGGAUAUUUCUCUGAUUCACAAUAACAGUCCAGAAAAUCACUUGGGGCCCUAACCACUUGCUUAUUUACAGCACAAGGUGCAUUUUCUAUUUUAACAUGACAGGUUUCACUUACAGCUGAGUGCUGGGAAAAAAACAUGGCAUACAUUUGGUGCAAAACAACACAAUUCACUUAUGCCACUAGUCCAGCCCCAGUACAUGUUUCUGCUGCAACGCUGGCUGUCAAAUUUCAAAACUGAUAUCUACAUGAAGAGCUGAUGAUGAUUAAACUUUAAUUUAAGAACCUGUGCAGAGCUCCUUUGCUGCAAAUAGUGUUUCUCUCCUGACUUCUCUUACUUUUUUUUCUGUAUGUAUGAAAAUUCUGUAUGUAUGAAACUUGGCCCUUCCUUUUUCACAUGAUCACUGAUGUAUCAUAUUUCAAACUAUUCAUUUUGAAUAAAAGAUACUUUCAACCCCUU